UGCAUGCACUAUGGACUUCGUAUAUACGAAUACAAGAGAUGCUGGUGUUCUCAAAUUGAACUUUCUGAAGCAAUUUCUUUUUGGAAGAUCCUUAAAGACAGGGAGCUGAUUGAAUAUUUUGGAAUUUCUGGAUGUCAUUAUCAAGAUCCGAGAUUAGCAAACAAAUGUGUGAAUAAACGUAAUGGGUUUAAUGUGAAUAAAGAGUUUCCAAGCAGAAAUGACGGUGAAGAUAAGGCUGGCGCGUUUUGGUUGUAAACAUAGACCCUUCUAUCGUGUAGUUGCCGCCGAUGACAAAUCGCGGAGGGACGGUAAACAAAUCGAGGUUUUAGGGUUUUAUGAUCCACUCCAAGGGAAAGAAGAUGCGAAUAGAGUGAGCCUCAAAUUCGACAGGAUCAAGUACUGGUUAUCUGUUGGAGCUCAACCAACAGACUCAGUGGAAAAUAUGCUGUUCAGGGCCGGUUUGAUACCCCCAAAGUCUAUGGUCGUGGUAGGUUCGAAAAAUGGACAGCAAUCUACAAGCCAACAUGUUUCACCCAUAACAGGUGAAAUCUUGAACUAGGAGUGUUGAUGCGCUGAGCAAGAAAGAGCCUUUUGUGUCUAUGUGAAAGGAGUUUAUGUAAUGUUUCAUGUUUGUUUAAGAGUUAUGACUUUUGUGCAACAUUGACUUGAUAAACAGAGUUUGGUGAAUUUUUUUAAUAUGAGCAGGCCUUUUUACGUUAA